GCGAAGGUCGAAGCCUAGAAACUGCCUUUUCGGUUUCGUCCCUUUAAAACCCCCGAAACGAAACUCUGAGGUUUUUCAUCUUCGAACUCAGUCUUUGCUUUCUUUCCGCCAUUAACAAUGACGAAGUUCAGAAAGCUUGGUCGAGAUGCAGCUCACCGGAUGUCUAUGCUGAGAACAAUGGUUUCUCAGUUGGUGAAGCACGAGCGGAUUGAGACUACUGUUCCAAAGGCUAAAGAAAUUCGGCGGCUUGCUGAUAACAUGGUUCAAUUUGGAAAAGAGGGUUCCCUUUGUGCUUCAAGGCAUGCUGCUGCAUUUGUAAGAGGCGAUGAUGUCCUUCACAAACUAUUCACAGAACUGGCUUAUCGAUACAAAGAUAGAGCUGGUGGAUAUACAAGACUUCUUCGGACGCGUAUACGUGUUGGCGAUGCUGCACCAAUGGCUUAUAUAGAAUUUAUUGAUAGAGAAAAUGAGCUGAGACAGUCGAAGCCUCCAAAUCCCCAACCACCUCAGAAGGCUCCAAUGGAUCCAUGGACAAGAUCACGGCUUAGCAAGCAGUUCGCACCACCCAAAGAGAUCAAAUCUGAUACAACUUUUAUGUUCAAUAAAGAAAGCUUUUCUUUUCCAAGAAGUUCACCCCCACCCGAAUUGUUUUGCAAACUUCAGAUGUAAACCAAACGAGUAUAGACACUGCGUUACAUACAUUAUCUCUUUCUCCAUAGGCUGAAAGCUUUCCCUCAAACAGAGAGUAAUUUUCGGCUUUCAAAGUUGCCCAUUUCUUGAGAAUUCCCUCCGAGUCUCUCUCAAGUCUCAUCUCAACUUAUUAAAAAAACAUAUGGUUUAGGUGUUUUUGGAUGAAUAUAUAGGUGAGGACCAAGGGCGAUGGUGGACUGUGCAUCGUCUUGUAGACAGCCAGCAAUUGCUCUGCAGCAGCAACAAAAUUUGGACAUGGCUUCAAAUAUUCCGAGCCAGGUAUGACCGAGUGCCUUCUCUCCCCAACCCAGGUCUCUGCGUGCAUGCAUUUUAUUGUAUUGUCAUGUGUCAAGUUAUCACGUGUAGCCUACUUGCUUUGGAGGCAAAUUGGUGACGGUUGGUUCACAGGGGAAAAGGAAAGCGGGUCAGAUUUGUUUUUCUUUUUCUUUCAAAAUUUGCUUCAUUUAUAAUUCUUGAGAAUUAAUGCAUUUCCUUCCUGUACUGUGUGUAUAACUGGACAUGUGACAUUUUCAGUGGGGAUUUCUUUAUAAUUAGUGCA